GUCAUGUCCGACGAGAACCGCCCUCCGUCUCCUCUCCUCCCUGCCUUCGGCAUCCGCGAGCUAAACGGCCCAGAGACUGCUCCAGGCGUCAUCCAGAUUACAGGUCGUCAGUACAACACCACAAUAAGAUCUCAACCCGAUGCUACCCUGCUCUAUCUUGACGACGAUGAUGGCGAACUCAUCACCGUCGGGAGUUCACUUGAACUUCAGCAACGCCUUGAUGAGCCUUUCAAACGGCCUACUUGCCCUUUCCCAACCUCGGCCUCCAAUGAGAACCAGAUGAUGCACAUAUUCGACAUUCGGCAAUCCGCUGGCAAUCUGGCUGUAUGGAGAGACCAUGAGGCCUAUUCAAGCAAGAGGCUGCGGGAGAAAGCUCCCGUAAAAGACAACACUGCAGGAAUGCAAUCACCUGUCCUACCGAUCUCCCUGGAGCCUGCCCUUCCAAUCUCUCCCAUCCGGACAAUAUCUCAGACAGAAAAACUUCUUGACCCCCUGCCAAGUUCGUCUCAUGCUGAGAAUAAACCCCCAACUAGUCCUACCAAAGAGUCUCCCUCGUCGCCAGACCUACCUGCUCAUGAGCAGAUUACUGUUCACAUAGACCAGGCCUUUGGAAGUCUCUGUGAAGGCAUUCAAACCCAGCUUGGCCCUCUUGCAGACUUCCUCGAGACGGCAGCUGAUGGUUUGCGGAAAGUUGCGGAGAAGACGGCUGAAUCUGACACAACCGCUAUCGAGAAUGUCUUGAUUGGAUUCAAAGGAAUCUGGUCGGAACUUGGACAAAUGAGCCGAGAGUUUCUCGACUCGAUCGAUGAGCAGCUUGAAAAGAAUAAAGACCCGAAAGAUAAGACGGUAAUAGUUUCUGAAGAAGCAUCAGUCCCCGUCAAACAGGCAAAGGCAUCUCCAAAACCAGAAACCGCCUCAAAGAGGGUCAGCUUCAACGACACGGCCGCCCCUGUUGAAUGUUUGUCCACUGAACCACCAAGUGUCAACACCUGUUUUGCAGACAAGUCGUUCGGCCCCCCUGCUUCCUUCAAUGCUUGGGCUCAAAAACCAAUGAUCACCUACGCUCCACCUAGAAACCAUCCAACCAAUAAGCAGUCGUAUCAGAGUGACUCUGCAAGAUCUAUUCUUGACUGGGAAUCGUCAGACCCGGACUUUUCCACCCGUUAUCCCCCUUUACUCUCGUUGCGGAAAGCGAAGAGUGUAGGCGGAAUUCAUGAUAAGGCCCACCCUCAUUCGCCAAACCGUGAUCCUCUUGCCGCAGUCUCUGCUUUGAGCCGUUUCCCUACCAUCAACCAGUUCGAAGAGCAGAAUAGAUCCAACACAAAGCUUCAACCUCCAGCAGCAAUACCGGAUAAGAUCGAAAGCCCCACUACUUCUCGCACUGCACCCAAGCCAACCAAGUACAAGGAACCUAGUGUCGAGGAUGCGAACCGAGAGUCUCCACGUCAAUUCACAAAUACUCCUUCUAUCAAGAACCAGAAUCGUCCGCUUUCAGCUUGGUCUCCAACGCCUCUGCCCGGUUCGUGGCCAGAGCCAAAACCCAGCGAUUCGCAGGAAUCCCAGGUGACCAUACCAGCCACCAGAACAGCAUUUCCAGCUCAUUCCUCUCACGCCCCCCGUCCUGACGAUAACCCACCUGUACAACCUCUCUCUGACAGACUUAGCAGCCCUGUCAGUGAGACAUAUUCAAGAGCGCCAAUAUUCCCUCGGAGACACCAGACUGUUUCCAGCACCAACCCUGCUGCAAGACUUAAUGGACCAUUUGAUCCACUCGCUAAUUUCCCCUCC